AUGGCUCAGCAGACAACAAGCCCAGACACCUUGACUGUACCUGAAGUUGAUAGUCCACAGUGCCAAAAUCCAUGGCUGAAUGAGGAUCUUGUAAAGACCCUGAGGGAAAACCUGUUGCAGCAUGAAAAGUCCAAGACAUCCAGGAAGUCUUCAUCUGUUUCACCCAGGUUAUCUCCAGUCAUUUCUCCUAGAAAUUCUCCAAGGCUGUUACGCAGGAUGCUUUUGAAUAGCAACAUACCAAAACAGCGGCGUUUCACUGUGGCACAUACAUGUUUUGAUGUAGACAAUGGCACAUCAUCGGGACGGAGUCCCUUGGAUCCCAUGACGAGCCCUGGGUCAGGGCUAAUUCUCCAGGCUAACUUCGUCCAUAGUCAACGUAGAGAGUCCUUCCUCUACCGGUCAGACAGUGACUAUGACCUCUCUCCAAAGUCCAUGUCCAGGAACUCUUCCAUUGCCAGCGACAUACAUGGAGAUGACUUGAUUGUGACACCAUUUGCUCAGGUGCUGGCCAGCCUGCGUACUGUACGGAAUAAUUUUGCUGCAUUAACCAACUUACCAGAUCGGGCACCCAACAAACGGUCACCCAUGUGUAACCAACCAUCCAUCAACAAAGCAACUAUAACAGAGGAGGCCUACCAAAAACUGGCCAGCGAGACCCUGGAGGAGCUGGACUGGUGCCUGGACCAGCUUGAGACCCUGCAAACCAGGCACUCCGUCAGUGAAAUGGCCUCGAACAAGUUUAAAAGAAUGCUCAACAGGGAGUUGACCCACUUAUCUGAAAUGAGCCGAUCAGGCAAUCAGGUCUCAGAAUAUAUAUCAAACACAUUCUUAGACAAACAACAUGAAGUGGAAAUCCCUUCUCCAACACAGAAAGAGAAAGAGAAAAAGAAGAGGCCUAUGUCCCAGAUCAGUGGAGUGAAAAAACUGAUGCACAGCUCUAGUUUAACUAAUUCCAGUAUCCCCAAAUUCGGUGUUAAAACCGAACAAGAAGAUGUUCUUGCCAAGGAACUAGAAGAUGUGAACAAAUGGGGCCUGCAUGUUUUCAAAAUAGCAGAACUAUCUGGAAACCGACCUCUGACAGUCGUCAUGAAUACUAUUUUCCAGGAACGGGAUUUGUUAAAAACAUUUAAAAUUCCAGUAGACACUUUAAUAACUUACUUGAUGACCCUAGAGGACCAUUACCAUGCAGAUGUGGCAUAUCACAACAACAUACAUGCUGCAGAUGUCGUUCAGUCUACCCACGUACUGCUAUCAACCCCAGCUUUGGAGGCAGUGUUCACUGAUCUGGAGAUUCUUGCAGCAAUUUUUGCCAGUGCAAUACAUGAUGUUGAUCACCCUGGGGUUUCAAACCAAUUUCUUAUCAACACAAACUCUGAACUUGCCUUGAUGUACAAUGACUCAUCGGUAUUGGAGAACCAUCAUUUAGCUGUGGGUUUCAAGUUGCUACAGGAGGAGAAUUGUGACAUUUUCCAGAAUCUGACCAAAAAACAAAGACAAUCACUGAGGAAAAUGGUCAUUGACAUUGUGCUUGCAACAGACAUGUCUAAACAUAUGAAUCUGUUGGCUGAUUUGAAAACUAUGGUUGAAACCAAGAAAGUGACAAGUUCUGGAGUUCUACUUCUUGAUAACUAUUCAGACAGAAUUCAGGUUUUACAAAAUAUGGUACACUGUGCAGAUCUAAGCAAUCCAACCAAGCCACUCCAGCUCUACCGCCAGUGGACCGACAGAAUAAUGGAAGAGUUCUUUCAUCAGGGAGACCGGGAAAGAGAGAGGGGCAUGGAGAUAAGUCCCAUGUGUGAUAAGCACAAUGCAUCUGUAGAGAAAUCACAGGUGGGGUUUAUAGACUACAUUGUUCAUCCUCUCUGGGAGACAUGGGCAGAUCUUGUUCACCCUGAUGCCCAGGAUAUCUUGGAUACCCUGGAGGACAAUCGUGAAUGGUACCAGAGCACAAUCCCUCAGAGCCCUUCUCCUGCACCUGAUGACCAGGAAGAGGGUCGGCAGGGCCAAACUGAAAAAUUCCAGUUUGAACUAACAUUGGAGGAAGAUGGUGAAUCAGACACUGAAAAGGACAGUGGAAGUCAAGUGGAAGAAGACACGAGCUUCAGUGACUCCAAGACUCUUUGCACCCAGGACUCAGAAUCCACUGAAAUUCCUCUUGACGAGCAAGUAGGCGAAGAAGUGGAAGGGGAGGAGAGCCACCCAGAACCUUGCGUACUAGAGGAAGAUCAUUCUCCUGACACGUAACAGUGUGAAGACUCAGUUUCUUUCUCUCUGUCUCUUUGUCUCUCUCUCUCUCUCUCUCUUUUUUUUUAAUUAGAAAAUGGUUUCCAAAGUGCAUAUCACAUGCCACAACCAUGGUCACACCUCACUAUCACCUGCCAGGACGUUUGUUGAUCAAAACUGACCUUAAUUACUCAGUUUGGCACUCAGGAAUAUUGUAACCACAAUUUCACCUCCAUGGCAUCAGAGAGCAAAGGGGAAAACAUCCAUGAACAGCAUCUUAAUAAGAUCUCCAUUUGGCAGAUUUGAUUGAAGAAAUCAGGUCUCUAAAGUGGUUUCAGAGGAAUACAGCCUACCAGCAAAAGGCUGGUGUGCAUUGGGUGUUUUGUUUUUAUUUUACAAGCAAGGCAUUGAGUAACAUUCAUCAUCAGAGUUUUAAGAAAACAGCCAGAGAAUGAACUGAGGUUCCUAAUGGAAAACAAAUGCACAUGAAUAAUGGGACACAACAUGAAUCUGUUACCUGUAGGAAGAUGAGCUGUGGAAAUUGCAUAAUUUUCUAAUUUCAAGUCUUCCUAAUACAUGACU